AUGAAUGAUGCGACGACCUCCUUGCUCACUGAGCACUUCAGCUAUACCCCCCUGUCUCUCAUAGACGACAUUAUCAACUCGAUAAAUAACCUUAUCUACCAAGCGAUAUCGAGCUUAGAAUCUGGACUGCUGAACACACCGCCCGAGCGCCUUGGUUUCUCCCACGCCAGCAAUAGCAUCACCAUCCCGGAGACCGACGAUGAUGGCAAUGUGCUAUAUCCUGAGGCGAAAUUAGAAAUUGAGAAUGGUCUGCACCAGUUGGAGACGCUACUAGAGACCAAUGUUGACAAAGCUUUUGAUAAAUUCGAGAUCUAUGUGCUGCGGAACAUUCUCACAGUACCAGAGGAUCUGCUCCCAUGGGUGCGCUUGAAGCAUUAUGAGGGCCUCUCGUUCAGCUCUUCGACAGAAACACCCACACCCGAGACUAUUCAUGCGCUGCGCAAGAAGCUGUUCGAGACCAAGAAACUCAACCGCGCACUGAAGGAGGAACACGCGCGAAACGAUGCGGUGAUCUCUCAGCUCAACUCCAUACUCUCAACAGUCGAAACAGCAAAGGCAGAGGGUGUGUCCAAGGCAUCCCCAAACAAACCACUGGAUCUGUCUUUCUUGACCUCCAGCCCAGCUGCGCGCCAGCUUCGCGUCGGCGUUGAUGCUGGGCCGAAUGCCAAACCCACGCCUCUUACUACAAACACGACCUUUAUUCUCUCCCAACUGCCCGCGUUACAAGCCACGCUUGAGCAGCUUCGGCCCAAGUUGGCGGCUCUGCCAGAUUCGCUGGUUCCAAUGGAAGCGACGUCUAAGAGAGACGAGAGAAAGGAGUAUAUCGAGAGCCGAAUCCGACUGCACCUUGAAAGAGCUGGUCAACUUGCUACGGGCGACGACGGAAACCCUGUUGUCGCAGGUCGCAGAAUCGAUAUCAGGGAGGCCCAUGCUCUUGAAAAUGUGGCCAAUAUGCUUACGCAGGACAAGUCUGUGUAG